CAACCCCGACGCGCAGCUCCACUGCUACGUUUCGUGGGCAGAUAGAGACACGGCUGUGUGUCUGAGUGGGAGAUGGACUGAGUGAGGGCGCUCUUUCGACCAGUGCUGCCGAGAGCAUUGAAAUACCCACAAGCUAGGUUGAAAUCAUUGACGAUUUUAGGUCGCUGAAUCAACAAGAAAAACAUAGCACCCUCAUCAAUCUUUCACAUCCCACUCUAAACACACUAACACGGCAUUGAUGGUAAUGUAUGCAAGGAAACAACCGAGACUCGGCGAUGGGUGCGACCGAAGAGAUUCUCAGCCCUAUCAGGCGCUCAAAUACUCGUCCAAGAGCCAUCCGGGAGGGGACCACCGACAUGAGAAGAUGCGAGACUCGUCAGAUGUCACUCCUCCCUGCAAGAUGCUCAGGAGGUCCGACAGCCCUGAAAACAAACACAUCGACAGCACAGGGCACAGCAGAGCAAAGGCUGUCCAUACACACCGGGCCAGAGACAGAGACGGAGGGACUAGUUAUUCUCCACAAGAAAAUUCUCACAACCACAGUUCCCUUCAUAGCUCCAACUCACAUUCUAACUCCAGCAAGACCUCAGACACACCUUACGAACCUGGUGACGACUGGUCAGAGCACAUCAGCUCGUCUGGAAAGAAAUACUAUUACAACUGCAGGACGGAGGUGUCCCAGUGGGAGAAGCCCAAAGAGUGGUUGGAGAGAGAACAGAGGCAAAAAGAGGCAACAAAGACUGCGGUUGUCAACAGUUUCCCCAAAGACAGAGACUACAGAAGGGAGGCCAUGCAAGCAUCGGCAGCCCCUGGCUUUACUGGAGCAAAGUCAGCCCAGGUGGAGAAGCCUGCAGCGACCCUUGCCACCCAGUCCCAGUCAUCAUCCUCUGGCUCGGGGAGCUUGAACCCCUCAUCGGGGCCACACGGGUCAUCCGCCUCCACGGUACCCGUGUCCCCGGUCCUGCAGUCCCCCGCCACUCCGUUCCUCCAGGACCCCACCCUGCUUCGCCAGCUUCUCCCAGCACUUCAGACCGCCCUGCAGCUCAACAAUGCCAGUGUGGACAUGGCGAAAAUUAACGAAGUUCUCACCGCUGCUGUCACACAAGCGUCAUUACAGUCGAUGCUCCAUAAGAUCCUCACUGCUGGACCGUCAGCUUUCAACAUCACUACUAUCCUCUCUCAAGCCGCUCAGCUCUCCAACCAAGCUCAGCAAUCGAACCAGUCACCCAUGUCGUUAACAUCAGACGCCUCAUCGCCCAGGUCUUAUGUUUCCCCGAGGAUCAGCACACCACAGACCAACGCUGGUCCCCUCAAACCCCUCCUCAGCACGCAGCCUGUCAUCUCGCAGUCAAAAGUGAGCACGUCAACAGGGAAGCAGUCCUCUCAUCCCCAGCCCACAUCCCAGCAGUCCCUCUCCAGCGAUAAGCACCACAGUCAGGAUGCCACCACGGCAUCCCCACGCAACCUCCAGCGCCAAGGCAGUCAUAGGAGUCCCUCCCCGGGUCCCAACCACGUCUCCUCCUCCAGCAGCAACGCCCCCAACUCCGCCUCCGCUCCCCCCUCCGCCUCAUCAGCGCGACCCUCCUGCACCUUCACACCCACCCUCGCCGCCCACUUCGAUGAGAAUCUCAUCAAACACGUGCAGGGCUGGCCGGCCGAACACGCCGAGAAGCAGGCAUCAAGACUACGUGAAGAGGCUCACACCAUGGGGAGCAUCUGUAUGUCUGAGAACUGCACCGAGCUCAAAAACCUGCGGUCCUUGGUCAGAGUCUGUGAAAUACAAGCGACAUUGCGUGAGCAGAGGAUAUUGUUUCUGAGACAGCAAAUCAAAGAACUUGAAAAGUUGAAGAAUCAGAACUCCUUCAUGGUCUGAGAACUUCUGGUUGCAAAAGCUGAAGUGGGAGUUUGAGGGGGGGGCGGGGGUUAAAAGAGGGGAAAGACCCAUUGCACAUAGGCGGAAGCUGGAGGGAGAGCGGUUGUUCGGUUCCUCUUGAGCCCAGUCUCAACACACACAGGAGCUGCUGCAGUCGGGUCGGCUUUGGACCGUUUGGGCUGGGAGAACCAAGAGGGAGACCCGAGGAGCCGUUGGAAGCGGGCCGGGCGGGAGACGGGAAGGGGGGGAGCUUUACAAGACUCUUGUUUUGUAAAAAACCCCACGGCGGUGGAUAAAAAAAAUGUAGAUUUCUUGUAGAUGUUAUUAUCUAUGUUGUACAUACGUUUUGUAGAUUGAAGCCAUGGAAAGCCAUGCCUAUCAAAGCUUUUGACAUCCAAACUAAUCAACGCCUAGGCGGCUACAUUCAUUAGCUAGCCUCUCCUUCACGUUUAACUCGUCUGCAGACUUUAAAGCUUCAUUUUUUUUGUCAAUUCAUGGAUCAUUGAACCAUUGAGCAUGCGCGACCUGCACGUCAGCGGAGGAGGAUGUUCCAAAGCCAUUUAUAUAUACACACAAACACACACACACACACACACAAAGGAGCCGAGCAUAACAAGCGGAACACGCUGGCUCUGAUUUGUAGUUUUCUUUCCUCAAAUAUUGGUAGGCUGAUCUACUCUCGACUAGACUCUCUUCCUGUGCCCCUCUCUGGGUGAACUGUAACCUGUACUCAGGUGUGGUAAACAUCCCCCCUCCCCUCUUUUCGGCAGGUCUAUCAUGACUGCUCGCAACGGUUCAGUGAUCUACUUGCAGCUUCUGGUGGCCCUGCAUGUCCCAGUCUGGAAAAAAAAAAACUGUGCCUGGUGGUGUGGUGGAGUGAGUGAUUUAAUAAAAAAAAAAAAAAAAAAAAAAAAAGAAAAGAAAAAAAGAUGUGAUUGCGUGCUGCUUUUGACCCCCCUUCCCCCUCCUCUUCCCAGUCCUCAUCCCUGCCCCGCCACAUCUCCUCCUGAGGCAUCAACACUUCACACCCUUGUUGUUUUUUUGGGUUCCAACAACUUUUUGGUUCCUCGAUUUUUCUUUCCCCCCCCACCCCCCUCUCUGACAUUGUACUUUACAAGAUGAGGAGGCCACCACUAGUUCAUUCCGUUUUGUACAGUCGCUAACACACAGUGGAGUUUUUUUUAUUUUUUUCCCCCAGAAGCGAACACGGAAUGAAAAGGUUUUAUUUAUAAAGAGUCGUAGUGGCGAGCGGUAAAUCACCAAAAUUUGCAUUUCAGAAGUGGCGCUCCAGCCAGGGCGGGAUUAGAGGAGGGGGGAGGGUGCACGGAUCUCCUCUUGUGUCAGAGCAGGGCGACAAGAGGUCACAAGGUCAAAUGUGAAAUAUAUGUAUUGUAAUAAAGAUGUUCAACUAAAGCAAGCGCUGGUUAUUUUCUUGGGAGUGUUGAGGUUUGGUUCAUACGCUAGUGCCUUGUUGAAAGUCUUAAGUGUCACAGCUCGCCCGCACUUCAUUUCAUCCCGUUCCACCGGCGAGAACUGAUCUGACCCCCCCCCUUACUUGUUUUGUUCCCUACUGUUGAAGAGCAGGGUCCUAAGCUGCAAAGGCCUGUUUUUUUUUUUUUUUUUUUUUUUUUCUUUAAUCUCCACCGUACUAUCUAUGGAGUCUAUAACUGAACCGCACCACACAUUCAGUAAAGGUGACCACAUCAUUGCUUUGUAUAUUGUUUCCUGAAGUAUAUUGACAAAUGAAAAUAAAAUAUGCCUCU